ACCCGUUCAAAUUCAUGUUCUUCUGACUCUAGCCAUGAAUCUGACAGCUCCUUUGCUGCUGCUGCUUCUCACUGCUUGUGCGGCCAGUGGUGGGCUGGUGCCCAGGGCCUUAUGGCAGUUUGGGAAUAUGAUCAAAUGCCCUCAGCCUGACAUUAGCCCUUUGAAGUACAGCGAUUACGGCUGCUGGUGCGGCUUUGGAGGAACGGGAAGACCUGUGGAUGAAUUGGACAUGUGCUGUAAAGUUCAUGAUAAAUGCUAUGAAGCAAGCAGAAAGGCUCCUGGAUGCACGGCUAUUGCUGACCUUCCCUAUGUUCUUGUCUAUGAUUUCACCUGUUCAAAUCAACAAGUGACCUGCUCAGCUACCAACAACAAGUGCCAGGCUGCCGCGUGUGAGUGUGAUCGGGUGGCGGCUUACUGCUUUGCUCAGUCUGCAUACAACGCCGAAAACAAAAACCUGAAUCCCAAAGUCCGCUGUGUCGACUGAGUUAUACAACCCAUCACAAACACAAACACAAAAGAAAAAGGUUGGAUUUCAAACCUUUUUCUUUUCUAAUUUUCAUUUCUUAAAUGUAAAAGGAGUUUGAUUUUGUUCAAUAGCAUUAGUUUGGAAUAAAGUAGGCAAGUG